AUUAAGGUUUGUUUUAUGUUGCUACAGUUAUAUUAAGUAUGUUGUUUGCCAGGAGUUUUUUUAGUUCAUUACUGAUUUGUACUAUUUCGGUAGGAAAUGUAGAAAACCUUUAUAGUAAUAGAGAGUCCUUAAUAAUGAAACCGCUCCAAAGUCCAAAUGGAGCGGAAUGGAUAUUGAGUGUUCAUAUAGCCGACCUCAACUAGUUUAGGUUUGAAGCAUAGCUGUUGUAAAGUACGACUCCACCUCAAUCCCAAACAAGUUGGGGCCGGCUAUAUGAAACGUCAAUGUCCAUAUUACUCCAUUUAAGCUGUUGUUAAGUAGUAUCAAAAAAUUGAACCCGGGUAGAGCGGAAUGGUUACAAAGGAACCAUACAACCAAUUGCAAAUUUUUGACAUUAAGGCAUAGUUAUUUUUGUACCUUACUAGUAUUGUUUAUAUGUCUUUGACAAGUUUUAGGAAUUCACUUAACGAAUGAUAGUCAAACUUUGACUUCGUGUUUUUCCUUUCACCUAACUUUUUAACUACUACUACUUUAAUAUCUUUUAACUACUCUUUGCUAAAUACAAAAAUCAUGUUAACUUAUUUAUUUCCGUUCCCAUUCACGUAAAAUAGAAUUGAAGGAGUAUUAUGUUUUUGCGCCCCCUUCCAUUUUCUUCAGUAGAUACUUGUCCCAUUCCCCAGUUCUCUUUGUACUUGUCUUGUUCUUCGAAACAUAUAACAAGUCUUCAGCUUUUCCAUCCUAAUGCUAAGGACAUCGAAUAUUCCUCUUUAGCGGAUUUUAUGUGCAAAUCAAUGUUACUUCCUUCUUUUUGUAUCAUUUUGCUUUCGUUAAUGAUUAUUUUUAUCCAAAUGUGAUAUGCCAGCAAGAACUUAGUAGUUAGUACUCUGUCCUUAUCUAUAACCAACUUAAGUUCCAGGUCAGAUUUUCCUAGUUUCUUCACUUUUGGGAAUCCCAGUACUCCUCAGACAUAUUUGUACAUUCUUCUAUGCUUCUUCGUAUUUGUACAUUCUUCUAUGCUUCUUCGUAUUGCAGGGAUCAACUUUUCUGCAUCAUGGUCUGAGUAUAUUCACAAGAACACAAAAUGACAAUCAGCCACAUCAAUUUGACUUCAGGAAUUUGAUUAGUCUUCAUGGAUCUAGUGAAUUAAUGACCUUGCUUGUUUCUACAGGAGUUUUUGUGCCCUAAAUCUUAGGAGAUUGAAUCUUUUGUGAUGGAAGAAGGAGAUUCUCCUGUAAGGAGAUGGGAGGACCUUGAUAUUGAUGUCUUGGUGAAGAUACUCCAGUCCUUUGACCUUUUCGAGUUGACUUCUGGACUUGCUCAAGUUUGUCGUGCGUGGCGAUUGGCUUGUUCCGAUCAACUUCUCUGGAAGACGCUGGAUCUGUCGGUACUAAAAUCAAAUUUCAUCAAAAUUCCAUUAGAGCCGUACGUAUAUGUCGACUCUCAGUCUGAUAAAACAUUGACCCGCCUCCUGGAGAUUUGCUUGAACCUCAGUCAAAGAAACACACUAACGUUAAUCUUCCAUUACAAUCUGUAUGUCAGCGACACUCAGUUGACUUAUGCUGCUGAGAGGUGUCCACGGCUUAAACGUCUUGUUAUGCCUGCUUGGAACAGAAUAAAAAAGACAGGAAUAUGCAGUGCUAUUCGUAUGUGGGAAGAUCUCGAAUCACUGACGAUGCCUAGUAUAGCAAAUCCUCCAUAUGUCAUGGAAGAAAUUGCAAGGAGUUGCAAAAAUUUUGCUGAGCUCAAGAUUAUUGGCCCCUGUGAUAUGCUCUUUGCAAAUACACUGGUAGAAUUUCUUCCAAACUUGAAAGUGUUGAGUGUGAGGUGCACAAUGUUAUAUAAACCUGCCUUGGUUAUUAUCUUGGAUGGGUUAAAAAAGUUGGAAGUGCUCAACAUAUCUCAUUGCCUAAUUAUUGAAGUCCCUCCACCUGCACGGAAGAAAAUUCUGACCAAGCUUGAUGAAUCGAUUCUUGAAAAAGCGUCUAGGUUACGCAAAUUCAUAACCUGCAUGAGUGACUCGUGCAUCAUGUGUCAGCGUACUCGAAAUGAUGAAGGGCUGAUGAGGUGGUAUAAGUAUGAAGAAGGCCUCUGGAAAGUGGAUGAGGUGAGAUCUCUUGCAAUUUGACAACUUUAAGAAUAUGAGUUAAAGGUCCAGUAAAAUGUGUAAACUUGUGUAUAUGAAACACAAUAAAACCUUGUCAUUGUUAAUGGACGCGAAUCAGCAUCCAGUUUGCUAGCAAGUAUUAUCGUUUUGAGUUGGUAACCUCUGGUGGCUAAGUUGAGUAGCUUUGUAGUAUAGGAGAGAAAUAUAAACAGUACUAUCAUGUACAUGGAAGUGUAAUGCUGCUUUUGUGUUGUAACUUUGUAAGUUUUAAGUCUUAUCUCUUCGACAGGGUUGUUUUCCUGUUCUAUACAUUUCUGCGUGUUUCUAUGCUUU